ACAGCUUUAAGGAAAACAACAGUGAAAGUUGGUCUCUAUAUGUUGUUGAAGAGUGAAUUUCUGAAAUACGUGCUUGGAUAGGAGAGAGUUCUACAUUAGCUAUCUGCCUAGUUGGAGCCACGAAGAACCCAGCCCAGCCUUUGGCUCAUGCUGUGGGAGACAAAGAUAAGGCGUUUCCUCCCCCGGAGAUCAAGUAGUAACAGCAAGUAGAGCUACAACUGCAAAAGAGGCAGCCAAUAACCUGAAUUUCAACCAUUCCUUGGGACGCAAUGGAGACAGUAGAGACUGAGACUUUAAUGGCGAAGCCCAACAAGAUGACUGUGGACCAGAAAAUGAAAGAUUUAUUCCAUCACUUUUCAACGGCAAAGCCACACCUAGAUGUUCAUAACGAAGUAUUAGAUAAACCCUGGUUCUACAAAAUUUGGGAUGUUGACCAGAAGUUCCUUUUCCUGCACAACAACAUGGUGCUAGCAGCCCCACGAGAUUCCAACUCACCAGAUUACUUGUUUACUGUGACCCCUAAUAGUGGAAUUAAAGAAAAAGAAAACAUUUUCCCCAUCUUUAUAGGCACGCACAAUGGGGCACGGACCCUAUCCUGUGUGGAAUCUGGUGGAGGCCAACCUCAGCUGAACUUGGAGGAUAGAGGUAUUAUGGAUCUGUACAGAGAAAAACAGGAAUUGAAGAGCUUCACUUUCUUCUGUAAGAGUGGCAGCAGCAAGGAGACUGGCAGCUUUCAAUCUGCAGCAUUCCCGGGUUGGUUCAUAAGCACUUCGUCUGAGCCAAACAAGCCUAUUAGUUUGAGUCACCAAGGAGGUGCUGAGAUCACUGAGUUUUAUUUUGAAAAAACUAAAAGCUGAUCAGAACAACUGAUAUGAAGGCAAAGUUUUGCCCACUCCACCAUUGCCUUCAUGCAGCCCCCUUCUUCCUGUUGGGGAGGAUCUGGUUGAGGAAGUUCAGCCACCCUCACCUAGAAUGUGGCAGCUGUUGUGCCAGUGAGCUCAAUGAGUCCCCACUCCCCCUUUGAAGAGGAGUGCUCCUUACAGUAACACUAAGACCACACAAGUAGGGUGUUUGCCCAUCCUUACUUAAGGUGGUGUGUCUAGUUGGUGCGAUGUCUCAGUGCAAUGUAGUCAUGCCUUUUUAGUUCUAGUAGUGAUUCUGAAUCCUAUUUAACCUGUAAGCUGAUUCAUGAAGCCCUCUGAAUGUAAACUUUCAAUUAAAUCUACUACAGAAAAACACA